CUCCGGAACGCUGGCUCUGCCGGCGCUGAGGGCGGCAGUGCACCAGUCCACCUGCGAUGGAACUAUGAAAUGGACCAAUUUUGACAAGAUGUAAUGCUACAAACCUGCCUGAUGGGAUAUAUUCAGUCAUGGCAUCUGAACUUUGUAAGACGAUCUCUGUGGCAACGCUGGAAAAGCACAAGAAUUUGUUCUUAAAUUAUAGGAAUCUGCACCAUUUUCCAUUGGAGUUACUGAAAGAUGAGGGACUGCAGUACUUGGAGAGACUCUAGAAAAGGAACUCCCUGACAACCUUGCCAGAAAACCUUGCUCAGAAGCUUCCAAACCUUGUGGAACUAUACCUACACUCAAAUAACAUAGUUGUGGUACCAGAAGCCAUUGGGUCCCUUGUAAAACUCCAAUGUCUGGAUCUUAGUGACAAUGCCUUAGAAAUUGUUUGCCCAGAAAUUGGCCGUCUGCGAGCUUUAUGUCAUCUUCGAUUGGCUAAUAACCGGCUGCAAUUCCUACCUCCAGAGGUUGGCUAUUUGAAGGAGCUGCAGACACUAGACAUUUCUACCAAUCGUUUGCUAACUUUACCCGAGAGGCUUCACAUGUGCCUUUCUCUGCAGUACCUCACUGUGGAUCGAAAUCGUCUAUGGUAUGUGCCGCGCCAUCUCUGCCAGCUGCCCAGCCUCAAUGAGCUCUCCAUGGCUGGAAACCGUCUUGCAUUUUUGCCACUUGAUUUAGGUCGAUCUCGAGAACUACAAUAUGUAUACGUUGAUAACAACAUAAACCUGAAAGGCUUGCCAUUUUAUCUGUACAAUAAGGUCAUUGGGUGCAGUGGCUGUGGUGCUCCCAUUCAAGUUUCCGAGGUGAAGCUGCUUUCCUUUUCAUCAGGGCCUCGAACCAUUUUCCUCCCAGCCGAGGUGAAGGCCAUAGGGACAGAGCAUGAUCACGUCCUCCCUCUGCAGGAACUGGCCAUGAGAAGUCUAUAUCAUACCUACCACAGCUUUCUGCAAGAUUUGAACUUUCUGUCUCCAAUCUCAUUACCCAGAAGUCUCCCGGAGCUGCUGCACUGCCCUCUGGGGCACUGUCAUCGAUGUAGUGAGCCUAUGUUUACCAUCGUCUACCCCAAGCUCUUUCCCUUGAGAGAGACGCCAAUGGUAGGGCUGCACCAGGGGAGGACAACUGUUAGUUUUGUGGCUUACUGCUGCUCCACCCAGUGUCUGCAGACUUUUGACCUGCUGAGUUGAUAAACACUCAGGAGCCUCAGGAGCACUGCCAGCUUGACGCUGGGGAAUCCAGCCAGUCCAGAACAGACUCUUCCAUCCUGUCCUGUCCAAGGCGGGGCACUGCAGAACUCUGGAAAUGUCAUGAUUGGGCUUCAGAGCUAAAAUGCCUCACCCUUCCCCCAAGUUGGAAUAUAUCCUCCCCCAAAUUAA